UUUCCUGGAACAUUCACAUAUAACCAGCGACUGAACUUUUCAUGCCAGAUUGGCUACACUCUGCAAGGAUCUGACCAUGUUCUCUGUCAGGACAAUGGGCAACCAACGAAUUAUUCAACGACUACAUGCGCUGAUGACGAUGAAUGUGCCCUUAAGACACACGCAUGCUCAGUUAAUGCAGCGUGUAGCAACAAUGAUGGCUCCUAUGCAUGUGCAUGCAAUCCUGGCUAUACUGGAAAUGGUACCAACUGUCAAGACAUUGAUGAAUGCAGCAGUAACCCCUGCCAAAAUGGGACUUGUCACAAUCUGGUUGACCUGUACCAGUGUAGAUGUCAUCCUGGAUUCGCUGGGACGGAAUGUCAAACAAAUAUUGAUGAAUGUGCAAACUCGCUUUGUCAAAACGGUGCGACAUGUCAGGAUGGCAUCAAUCAGUAUACUUGUACUUGCUUGCCGGGAUACACCUCAACAUUCUGCCAGACUGAUAUUGAUGAAUGUUCGACAUCACCUUGUCUGAACGGUGCCACUUGUGCAGACCGUGUGAACAGCUACAGUUGCACUUGUGCAACGGGCUAUCAAGGCACUACGUGUGACAUAAACAUAAAUGAAUGUGCACCAAACCCCUGUGGGAAUGGUGGCACAUGCUCUGAUGGAGUCGCAAACUACUCAUGUGCAUGUAACCCCGGUUACACUGGAAGGAACUGUUCGGUUGACAUUGAUGAAUGUGCCAGCAAUCCCUGCCAGAAUGGUGCCAGCUGUACCCAAGGAGUGAAUCUAUACACCUGUGCAUGUGUUGUUGGCUACACUGGGCUCAACUGUGAAAAUGAUAUUGAUGAAUGCUCAAGCUCACCAUGCCAGAAUGGUGGAACCUGUAUUGACAAUGUAAACUCAUAUUCUUGCAACUGCAACAGAAACUAUGAAGGCACUAACUGUCAGAACCUUCGGCCGUGCCCAGCACUUCACAAGAGAGCUUCAGACAACGUAAAUUGUGUCACCUGCUCCUGCGAUGCAAGAGGUACAACAAGCUGCUCAGUGACCACGGGCACUUGCACAUGCAAAUCCAAUGUUCAAGGAGAUGACUGCAAUCAGUGUGCCAGUGGGUAUUAUACAGCAAAGUUCAGUGAUUUCAGUACAUGCACCUUAUGUCCAUGCCAAGCUGGUCGUACUCUUGGCAUGUGCAACUCAACUUCAGGUGAAUGUAGCUGCACAGCUGCUUAUUCUGGCCUAACCUGUAGCAGCUGCAAUCGAGGAUACUAUGCUGACAAUGGAGGUUGCUCCCUGUGCUCAUGUGAUAGCAGUGGAUCAUUGAGUGAUACAUGUGAUAGGGCAACAGGGCAAUGUAGUUGCAAGAGACUAAGCACUGGCCGUCAGUGUGACAGUUGUCAAUCAGGCUCGUUUCUUCCUUCUUCUACCACAUGCCUCAACAUCAACUCAGCCCAGCGUUGCCAGGAAUGCGAAUGUUCAAAACAUGGUUCAACCGGAACCUCAUGCUUCUCAUCGGGACAGUGUACAUGUAAAACUGGCUAUACUGGCUCAAGAUGUGACCAAUGCACAAGCUCAAGCCAGUACUAUUCCGAGACAUCUGGAUGUGUUGACCUGGCACCAGGCCUUUAUGCUUCUGGUGGUGCUGAUCUUGGUCUUCAUGUAUCUUUAAGCCAACCAUUCUACUUUGGACAAUCGUAUGAGGCACACACCAAUGUUACGGUCUCACGAGAUGGAUUUUUGUCUUUCAAACCAUUUCCUGGAAAAGACAACUUGCCGCUGUAUGUAUCAGACGCUUCAACAAUUGUGGCUCCAUUCUGGACUCCAGAUGGUGCAGGAUCAAACUGUGAUGGUACUAUUUCCACAAAACUUGCUGAUGACACAACCCUUGAGGCAAUAAACAAAGACAUCAACAGCAUCCAGAAGCCAUCUCAGACAUUUGCUGCUACAGAAGCUCUGAUUGUGACUUGGAGUGUUAUUCGCCAGUCAUCCAACUAUAAGCAGGUGAACACAUUCCAAGCAGUAGUUGCAAGUGAUACCUGUCAAUCAUUUGCAAUCUUCAAUUACCCUGUUGGUGGCAUUCAGUGGAGUGGAGAACUCAGUCCAGCUGUAAUUGGUGCAAGAGGCCAGUUCCACCCUCUGUCUGGCCUCCACAAUGCCAGUGACAUAGAUAACCCGUCAAGCAGAUUAAUCUACAAACUUACACCUGGCUGUAGUGCAAAUUUACUCAACCAAGUAAAGUGCAGGGCAACACCAGCGUUCAGUUCGUUGAAUGUCAACUCCGAUGUAUACCCAGUAUGCCCACAGUCAGAAACCAGCAUCAAAGUUCAAGAAGCAUUUUCUUCUUAUACCUCAGUGACAAAGCAAAUUUGCUAUCGCAGCACCCCGGUGCCCUUAGCUGGUGUUGCCAACGUUUCAACUGUGUGCUGCUACGAGAGGGAGUACCUAAGUACAGCCUCUCAUGGACGAGCAUAUGUCCAGCUGUCUGACAUGGAUGAGACAGCUUUGCUUGCCUGUAUUCAAACCAAUUCUCAGUACUUUUUGUCCUAUUUUUAUUCUCUUCGCCCUGCUCCGUAUAGCACUGAGACUCAAGUUUUUUCAGCAACAUCUUUUGGUGAUCCACAUGUGUCCACCAUCAGGAACUUUACAUAUGAGUUUCAUGCUACCGGCGAAUUUAUUCUGGCAUCAACUAGUGCCCUCAUGGCCAAUAAAUUGAGAUUUAGAGUAUCAGCUCGUUAUCAAGUUAAUCCUCCCAAUACAUACGGUGCCACAUCAGCAACAAGACUGGCCUUUGAGAUUGGGAAAAAUUCACCCUAUGAAAUGUACUUAAGUUCCACCGGCAGCAUUAUCAUCAGUCAGAGUGGUUCGGAUAUCACCAACGAUGUUGCUAGUGGAAAUGUUCAAUAUCUGAGCUUCAGACAGCCCAACAUUGCAUUGGUUUCGGUUGGCAGCAUAGCAGCCGCUGUCAAUGUGCAAGCUGGUGUUGCCCUCAAUGUAGACUUACAAGUUUACCGGAAUCAGAUUUCGCAAAUUUCCGGCCUCUUGAACAUCGAGAAUGAUCUUUCCUCUACCGGAAACAAAACUGCUGUAUUCAGGACAGCUUAUGCACUGUAUCACCUUAAUAAUACGGACAGUCCUUUCACAUAUGGGUCUGGAACUUAUGCAACAUUCAACCCUCAUCCUGAUAUUCCACCCCCUGUUUUUAUUGGAGAUCAGAUUCCUAAAAGUGCAGUGCAACCAACCUUCUGCAAUGGGAAUCAGCAGUGCUUGUUGGAUGUUGCUGCCACUGCUCAAGAAGGCUUUGGCCAGGCAACACUCGACUUCAAGACACACUUUGAUACUGUCAGUAGUCUCAUUGGCUCUGUGCCUCCAACAAUAGCCCUGAGUAGCACCACCUUUAUUGGAGUGUUUGGCCAAAACAGUACGUUGGCUGUGAAGGUCAAUUCAACAAAUUCUAUCGUCAAUCUGUCGGUGCACACACUCAGUGGGUUUGGCAAUACUUCUUUGGACAUUUCCUCGGUGCUGGUUAGUCCAAAUGAACUUCAUAUCAGCUGGCUGCCAAGUGUCCGCAAGCAACCAUCAGCCCUUUCAAUCCUUGCCACCGAUGAUAUGGGUCUGACAUCCGUCAUUGACGUUCCAGUUGCAUUGUGUGGCUGCCGCGGAACAUGCGCCAGUGCACCACAAAAUCCAGUCGCCAAAUUUUUGCAGCUGCUUUGCAUUUCAUGUGACCCUGGCCUAACCGGAGAUCAGUGUCUGUCCGACAUUGAUGCUUGCACGACUACACCUUGUGCAGCAUUGCGUAACUGCACAGAUCUAGUUGCUCCCUCAUCUGGUCGACAGUGCUCAGCAUGUCCAUCAGGCUACACAACUCCCAGCAGUGUUGAUGAUGCAUGUGUAAAUAUCAAUGAAUGCACCACAAGGAGUCCAUGUGAUAGCACUAUCAAUACUUGCCAAGAUACUGUCGGUUCAUACAUGUGUCCAUGCAAAUCUGGAUAUGCUGGCAGUGGCGACAAUAACUGUCAAGAUGUGGAUGAGUGUUCGGCUGGCAGUCAUAACUGUGACGUUAUGAACAAUGCAGUCUGUACUAACACUAUUGGAUCAUUUACGUGUAGCUGUAAAGCUGGAUACACUGGAUCGGGAGUGGCAGGCGCCCCAUGCCAAGACUACAACCAAUGUCUGCUUGGUGGACACAACUGUCACAGCAGUGCCACGUGUACUGAAGAUCCCUCAACUGCAAACAGUUUCAACUGCACUUGUCCUGACAGGCAGUUGCAAACAGCUGCUGGGAAUUGUGCGGUACUUUCACAACUUCAGAAUUUUACCGUUCCAACGAUUGUUUCUAAUGCUGCUGCCGUCCGGUUCAUUUGCACCUUCAAUGGUGUAGUGAAUGGAGACAUUCUCUGGAUAUCUCCCAAUGGCAAGAAGAUUGAAACUGUUGCCAGUGCAGCCUUCAGUUCAAAAACACAAGCACUUUCCUCUGAUAUAACUGAAGGUAUAUUGAACUUCACAUCCUCCUUUGCAAUUGCUUCAAACGGUGAAAGGAUAAUCCCUGAUGGCAACUACACAUGCACGGCAACUAAUGACCGUGGCAGUACAUCUGGUCAAGUUGUGUUUUCUGUUGACCGAGAUGAAUGCACAGAAGGAACAGCUGAUUGUGCAGUUGCAGCAACAUGUAAUAAUACCUUGGGAUCUUUUGUCUGCACAUGCCCACUUGGAUACAAUGGGAAUGGCCGAGGACCAUCAGGUUGCACUAAUCAGGAUGAAUGCACCACUGGUGUUCACAAGUGUACUGCAUCUAAUGCAGUUUGCUCUGACACCAUGGGUUCUUAUACCUGUGCGUGUGGCAGUGGCUUUGCUGGUGAUGGUGUAACCACAUGUACAAAUAUCGAUGAAUGUAGCCUUUCAGUCAGUCCCUGCACUUCACCAUUUUCAACUUGCUCGGAUACCAGUGGAAGCUAUCAGUGUGGUUGUUUAUCUGGAUAUGCAGGUGGUGGAACCUCUGCUAGUCCAUGUCAAGAUGUGGACGAAUGUUUACAAACUGGAGUGUGUGUCGGCAUUAUCAACAGUGUAUGUAUAAACACAGUUAGCUCCUAUCAGUGUGUGUGCGGUGCUGGCUUUGAACUCAACGGAGAUGGAACAGGAUGUGUCGAUGUGGAUGAGUGCCAAAAAGUUCACAACUGCACAUCAACUGAGACCUGCACCAAUUUGCUACGUGGAAAGGGAUUCACAUGUACUUGUAAGGCUGGUUACACUGGAUCACCCUGCUCAGAUAUCGAUGAAUGCUCCCAGUCCCCGUCCCUAUGUGCAUCAGGGACAUGUAGUAACACAGCUGGCUCUUUUGCUUGCCAAUGCCCCACUGAUGACCAACGUCCUGCUUGUAGUGUUCCGGAUAAACUGCAACCUGCUACCAUAAGCACCACUGCAAGCCGAAGCAUUGAAAUUCAAAUUCCCGGUGCCAUGGCCAACAGCAUCAAUGGUGAUGAAAGUUUGAGUCUUUACCAGAUAAGUAUUCAACGGACACAAUACCUUGGACUUGGUGUACCGUUAGUGGCUGCUGAAUUAAGAACACUGGUCCUGCAGUCCAGACAAUGGCUCAAUCCAGUGGUGUUCAGGAUUGGUGGUCUCUUCCCAGCAUCGCAGUACACAAUCACAGUAUCUGCUCGGAAUAAUCGUGGCUUGAGCCUUCCAAGUAAUGGAGUAACUAGCACAACAUUAGAAGAAGCUCCCUUGGCGCCAACUGCUCCGGUAGUGACUGUUAACAGUGCCACACAGUUGAUUGUCCAGAUUGCUGCACUUACAGCUGAUCGGAAACGUGGAGUAAUUCAACAAUACAGCAUUGAAUAUUCAACUGUAGAACAAAGCGGGGAAGCCGUUACUCCAGUGGUGACAAGUAUCAAUGUCACAGGCAGUGGGAAUCAUGUUGUCAGCGGCCUUACUGCUGCUACAAAGUACCAAAUACGUGUCCGUGCUUUCAACACCCUAGCAGGACUGUUCAGCACUUCAGAUAAUGCCACCACCAGCAAUGCAGCACCUGGACAACUUUCAGCUCCUAGCGUCAUCUCAGUCUCUUCAAUGAAUGCUGGAAUUUCAAUCUCGCCAUUGGCACUGUCACUCCGCAAUGGUCGCAUCACUGAAUACCGAAUUUCAAUUUUGAGGACAUCUGUUAGUACCUACCCAGUGUCUGAUAGUGCCACUACUCAAACGGUUGUAGUAUCCUCACAAAACUCUGCUGUUGUGGCUACUUUGACUUCACUGACACCUGCCUCUGCCUACAAUAUCACAGUUUCUGCUCAGAAUGGCAUGUCUGGUGCUAGUAGCCCAGCCCUUACUAUCAAGACAGCUACUUCCAAACCUGGAAAACUCCUCAAACCAACUGGCACACCCACAGCAACAAGUGCCACUAUUACUAUUUCUCCAUUGAGCAAUACCAUGCAAAAUGGCAAGAUCACUCAUUACAGAUUAUCUGUGAACAGAACACAUCUAAGUGGAGUAUCAGUUCCACAGACUACCGCCGUUCAUUCAAUUCCAGUUACAGAUGCUCAAGUUUUUCAGCAGUAUUCGUUGAGUGCAUUGUCAGCCGGCUCUAAAUAUUCCAUUGCCGUUCAAGCUGUGAAUGCUAACCCAGUGGUCGGAGAUUUCAGUGAAGUGCUUUCUCUGUCUACCUUAGAUUCAGUACCUGCAUCUGACUUCUCGUCCCUCGGCCUUGUGGCUGGUGUGAACAACGUUGUUCUUACCAUUGCACAGCCCUUGCUUGUCUUGCGCAAUGGAGAAAUUGGAAGAUUUUCUAUCUCUUAUCAACAAAUUGUCCCGCGUACUGAAAAUGCGGCCGGCACUACAUUUGCUAUCCUGCAGGGUGGUGAUUCAGCCAUGGCUACUGUUUCCAGUCUCGAGGAACAUUCAGUGUUUACUUUCACAGUGGCGUCUUGUCUCAAGAGUGAUGCAUCUGUAUGCAGUGCAGGAACAUCACGCAAUAUCACAACUCACUCCAAAGCUGCGGACAGUGCCCCUGAUGUUACCUUUUCUUCGUUGAGCAACAACAUCACCUUCACAUCAACUCUCACAGUGACUUUUGUUGGAGCCUCCAUUCCCAUCUUGAAGCUCAACAGUCUUGUGACUGCAUAUGAAGCCAUCCUUACUCCAUUUGGUGAAACAUCAUCUACUCAGCUCAAUGCCACCGUUUCUGGCCAUGCCAUUGGGGAGACAGCGCCUAACGCCACAGUAGUGUUCACCAACCUGAGACCGAAUAUCCAGUAUUAUAUUCAGUCUCGUGUUUACAGUAGUUCUUCUCUGAACAGUAGCCAUCAACAUCAAAGCCAGCUCAGUGAAAAGUUCGGAACAACAACCGCAAUGACACGACCAGAAUCUGCAUUUAGUGGAACACCUACAAUUCGUACCGUUACAUCCACGAGCUUCAUGGUUUGCUUCUCACCUCCGCUACAAUCCCAGCGGCAUAGCAUUGUAACCUCUUACCUUGUGUUUUACACUCUUGAGAGGGUGCAGAAUGUUAAGCAAGCUGCGACACCUGUCAUGCUGACAAUUGCAAGUCCUUCAACUGGAGAAAACUGUGCUUCUUCUUCUUCCGGGUCAUUGGAGCCCAGCAGCACCUACAGUGUCGCCAUACAGGCAUGUAGUGUUGGUGGAUGCAGUGAUCAGUUGCUGGCUCCAAAGUUUACUACUUUGACUGAUGCCCCUACUGCCAGUGGAAGUGUCACAUCGGCAACAGCAACUUCAGAUUCAGCCAUGUUGACCAUUCAACUUCCAGAUCUUUUGGAAGCCAAUGGUCCUAUCACUCAUUACCGCUUUACAGUGCCACGCACUCAUGUAAAUGGUGUUGGCAGUGCUAGCUCAGAUCCCAUAAAUCUGAUAACUCGCAAGGUGACAGCAGUACCCCCUACAUUCGGCUUUGUUACCCUGGAGGAGAGUGCUACAUAUUCCGGAUCAGCUACGGCCUGCACAUCAUCGGCUGCUGGUGCUCUACAAUGCUCCUCCUCCACUAUUCAAAUACAAUUCUCCACUCAAGAAUCAAGCCCAGCCAAAUCUGCUUCGAUUGCCACUGCAGCAGUCAUUAGCUCCACUUCAGUGAUUGUCACUGUCUCUCCACCAGCUUUGUUGGAUCGAAAUGGCAUUAUUACUGAGUACCGUGUUUCUUACAGCAGUCCACUCGCAAGCAUUCCUAUCACUAAAACAUUUGCAGUGACCAGUUCAUCUGAUCAAGACGCACAGCGCACUUUGCAUUUAUCAAGCUUGCGGAAGUUCCAGCGGUACACAUUUGUAGUGAAGGCCUGUACUCGAGCUGGUUGUUCUGCGGCGACCACUGAUGCCUUUGCCACCACUUUUGAAGAUGCACCAACUGGCAUUGUCCAGAAUGUUGUGAUAGCUAAUGGAACUGUGACCCAAACAAGUGCUGUUUUGAGAGUGUCAUUUGAACCACUAGCUGAGGUAGACCGCAACAGUAUUAUCAGAGGUUAUAUUCUCCGGGUUAAAGACUCAGGUACUACUCUGGCCACUGCUAACAAAUCGGUAGCUUCGCCCACAGAGAAUGUUGACACGACGGUAGGUGGGAAUAUGCUCGAUAGCUACACCAGGUAUACUCUGACAAUCGCAGCAUACAAUGGUCUUGGCCAGGAAGGUCCAGAAUAUUCCAUUCCAGUCUUUACUGGGGAAUCAGUUCCAGAGCCGGUUCAACAGUUGAACUUCUCGUCUGUAGCCGCCAGGUCCACCAGCCUUACUUGGAGUCGUCCAUCCAACUAUCAUGGAAUCCCCAUUCGCACAACUUUGAUUUUGACGAAUACUUUGAAUUCCUCUUCAACCACAUUUAAUCUGGGUGUGAACACGUUUUCACUCAUGACUGAAUCAUUGGAUGAGUUCGUGCGCUAUUGGGCUGAAGUGUAUUCCUCCACUCAGACUGGCCCAGGAACCAGCUCAAAUGUGUCUUUUGUCACUUGUCAAAGUGUUCCUAUUGGCAAUCCAAUCAUCUCGGUUCAAGGGAUCUCUUCCAGAAAUUUUGAAGCUGUGUGGUCACCGAUGGCUGUGACAGAACGUAAUGGUAUCAUCACUCAUUACGUCUUCACACUAAUGCGGUUCACUUCUGCAGGUCAUUCCGUGGACUCCGUCACCACCAAUUAUCCACGCCAUCCUGACUCAUUAAAUGGCACCGAUGGACAAGACCCACAAACUGGCUGUACUCAUCGUGUUGGCGUGCCAGAGGAGACUUCUGCUGACUCCUAUAGUCAGAUUUUCGACAAUCUCCACCCAAAUACAACUUACAGUCUAUCAGUGUCAAGCUGCACCUUGAUUGGUUGCAGCAAUGUCUCCUCAGCGAUCGAUAUAUUUACAAUUGAAGAAGCACCCGGUGCUGGAGUGUUGGGAGUUGUUCUGGAGAUCCAGCAUGAUUCUGUUCGACUGUCUUGGCAUGCCCCGAAUGAAACAUUCCAUCAUGGUAUCAUUCAAGCUUACCACAUCAUUGUUUGGUCAUCUGACGAUCGCAAUUUGACCAGGUUCUUGCAAGAUUUCAAUGUAACUAGCAGCACCUUUACAACAGUUGUUAGAGGCCUGGAAGCUUAUUACAACUACUCCUAUUCUAUUGUAGCUGCUAAUGCUGCUGGCCGUGGACCGUCAGUCAAUGGAAGCUUUACAACAACUGUAACAAAUCCACUUCCAGUGAGCAAUGCUGCUGCCACCGCAAUUAGUGGCCGGCCUGAUCAUGUCACAGUCUCCUGGACAUCUCCAUCUAUACUGAAGGGCAUCAUUACGGAAUACAAAGUUCUUCGCAAGGCAACAAAGAGAGUGUCAGUGAAUGGACGACUGGUCACUCUCAAUGAUACACUGUAUGACUCGCUACCUGUGGAUGAGGAUGAUGGUACUGAACUGGACAAGGCAUUCUCCCUGGUACUUCCCAAGUUGAUUGGCUCCACUUCUUACACAUUUGAGGUCAUCGCCUAUGUUGGUAGUUUGCAAAGCAAGAACAACACCGUCAUCAGUUAUACCAGUCAUGUACAAGCUGCUCCAACCGUGCAGUUGCCAACUGGAACAGCCAUGUUGCCUACGAUACCACCUCAUAUCUUUGUGUCAGUUGCACCAAACUAUGAUUCCACACGCCAUAUCCUAGUUACCAUUCCAGCAGAUGACGAGACUCACGGCAAGAUCAAAUACUAUAUGAUAGAAGUGGCCGUGGCGUGCGGUGGAAAGUACAGCGAGGCUACUGCUGUGUCAUACACUGAGUAUGCCAAGUGCACGACUUGUCCCUGUCCACCUUACAUCGCCUUGUAUGGAGCCCGCGACAGGAUCUCAGCAGCAACCGGAUCCACGUCCGUAGCGCUACUUGGAGCAGAGGAUGACCAAACAUCCUGCACGGUAGUGUGUAACCCUCCUCUGCCCGCUGGUGGCCUUUUUAGAGUUGCCGUGAGUGCUCUCACACAGGGCCCUAGUCCACAGGCUUUGAGUCAAGACAUGUCUACACUGACCUCUUCCCGCCAGUACUCAAGUGUUGUUGUGGCUGGAAGCUAUAGCACUGCAUCUCCUCCAGGCUCUUCUUCUGGUGGUGCUAUAAUUGGAGCCAUCAUUGCUGUGGUUCUGGUCCUUGCUGGAGUGGCUGUUGGAUUCUUGUACUACAGGAAACUACAGACACAGUCAGUGAACAUACAGAGCCUCGAAAAGUCUUUGAGAAAGAAGACUGACGUAAUUGUACCCAUGAAGCCCCAAAAACCCCGAACUGGACAGCCAGUUGUAGAGAGCAUCACACCACGUGUGCCUGAACGAAGUCCUUCAGCCAAAUUAGGUGCUCCCCCACCAAUCCCAAGCAGCCCAAGAUCACGGACAUCAACUGACUCAAGACAAGGUAGAAGGCUUUCUCUGCCAGUUCAAGAUGAAAUCAUGAGUAAGCCUAUCGAUAUCACCAACAUGCAAGCAGAGACACGGUUGCGUAGUGCCAAUGAUGACCUUGUCUUUGCUGAAGAGUUUGAUUUCAUCAAAACAGUCGGUACAACACAGCUCGCUACCGUGUCCAGGCAUGAAGUGAACAAGCCAAAGAAUCGCUACACCAACAUCUUGGCAUACGACCACUCUCGUGUUGUACUUCCACCGCGCCCUGGCCUUAGUGACUAUGUCAAUGGAAACUUUGUACACGGUUAUGAAAGGAGGAAGGUGUACAUUGCUUGCCAAGGACCACUGCCGCAGACUGCUUCAGACUUCUGGUACAUGAUUUGGGACAACAAUGUUCCGGUUAUUGCAAUGGUAACUCAACUCAUGGAACGCUCUCGUAUCAAGUGUCACAAGUACUGGCCGGAAGAACUUCACCAACCAGUUGGUCAUGGGGAGCUCACUGUUACUCUGCUGGCAGAGGACACGAGCAACAAUGACUGGCAUGUCCGAAAGAUCUCUAUCUAUAAUGGUAUUGAUGAGAAGAUUGUUCAUCAUCUGGCCUUCCAGUCCUGGCCCGAUCAUGGUGUGCCGGCCACAUCAGACGUUCUCAUCCGCUUUGUCUUCACAGUGCGCAAAUAUGUUCCUGACAACUGCCACGCACCUAUUACUGUGCACUGCAGUGCUGGUGUUGGUCGCACGGGUACUUUCAUCUGCGUUGACACGUUGCUGCAACGUUUGGUACACCGUCCAACUAUCGAUGUCUAUGGAACAAUCUGUGCCAUGCGUGUUCAGCGCAACUUGAUGGUCCAGACUGAGGCCCAGUAUAUCUUCCUUUACAAAGCAAUGACAACCGUUGCCGACCUCUACCUCAAGGUCAAGGAAACUUCACCAAAUGCAACAGGUGCUGACAUCAUGAAUACAAUCCGCAGCAAGAUGCUCGAGACUGGUGUUCCAGAACAUCAGUUCUAGCUCAUCUAGGCUGAUAAUAGGACAUAUAGCAACCUAUUCAUUAUAUUCUUUCAGUGUGCGUAGAUCUUUUGAUUCGAUUUCUACUUCUUUGAAGUAUUAUUUUCAUUUAGCUUCCCAUUUCAUUCCAAUCCGUUGCCCAGAUGAAAAGUUGUUUUCCCUUAGCAGUUUUUUUUGUUCUUCAUCCUUCCCAAUCUUACUUCUUCAUCCAUUCCAACCCUCCUUCUUUCUUCAUUUUUUCCAGUCUUCCUUCUCGCAUAAUUAUAUCGCACCAUAUCACAAUCCUUUUGUUCUUCAUCCAUUCUGCAAGAGUAUAGCCAUUGAAAAAUCACUGCUGAUAGCUCUCCAAUGUUGAACUGGUGUUUGCUGACUUCAA